CUCUUGACUGUUAAAUAAAAAAAAAAUAUUUUUCCAAUAUUCAAACACGAGGGGGGCAGCCAACCAUGAACCAACAUAGCUAAACCUAUGAACAAAAUUCCAACUUUCUUACCAAUCAACCCUAUUUUUCAAAGAGUACACACUACACAUUCGUGUCAAGUGGAUACCGUCUUUUCCUCUCACGUCUCUCUUUCACUUUCAACCUCAUUUAUAAGCCAAAUUUUCACACUAUUGUUUGUGGAACUGCCAAACUUUUCUUCAUCUUCCUCCCAUAAACUCAAUCACAAGAAGUCAGAAAAGUAACCCAAAAAAAGGAUCUAACAUGAGCCACGACGAGAAAAUCGCUUAUGAUUUUGUUAUGGUUUCUCUCUCAAUCUCAAUCAUCAUUCUUGUUGUCCUCCUAUUCAUCAUCUGCAAGAAGAAGAAGCCGGUAAAGUCCACAGAAAGCCUUCCAACCAAACUUUGUGCAUGCCCUUAUACUCUGAUGGACAUACACGCCGCCACAGACGGCUUUAACCACCGGAGAGUCAUCGGAAAAGGCCGGCUCGGAAUGACAUAUGCAGGUGUUUUGUCAAGAGGGGAAAUAGUUGUAGUUAAGAGGAUUCAUCCCCAUCUUGUUCUGAGAAAUGCUGGUUUCGGGUUCUCCUCAAUUCUCAAAUGGCUCUCCCUUGCAUACCACCCUCAUGUGGUUCCAAUUUUCGGGUUCUCCGAGGCUCCAGGAGAGAGAAUCAUUGUGAUGGAAUUUGUUGGUAUGAUGAGCUUAGAAUUCUAUUUGCAUCAGAAUCCUGACAGCGCGAUUCUUUUGGAUUGGGGUCGAAGGGUUAAGAUUGCAGCUGGAGUGGCGCGAGGACUCGAGUACUUGCAUGAAGUCAUGGCACCACAUAUAGUACAUGGUUGCAUAAAGCCCUCAAAUAUACUGCUAGAUGUGAAGUUUUCUGCUAGGGUUUGUGAUUAUGGACUUUCAUUUUUAGCACCACAUGAGAAGCAAGGCCUUGUAGGGUAUGUUGAUGAGGAGUAUUGGGUUGGGAAAAGAGGGGCUUCAAAGGAGACUGAUGUGUAUGGAGUUGGUGUGGUUUUGUUGGAGCUUUUGAGUGGUAGGAGAAGUGAGGAAGGGUUGAUAGUUAAGUGGGCCCUACCUUUGAUUAAAGAGAUGAAGAUUGGAGAGCUUUUGGACUCUAGGAUUGUAAUACCAUCUGAUAUGAAGCCUCUUGUUAGAUUAGCUAAAGUUGCUUUAGCUUGUGUUGGGAAUUCUAGAAAGAAUAGGCCUUCAAUUGUUCAAGUGGCUACUAUUUUGAACAAUCUAGAGAUGGAGCCAUGCUAGCUUUUGAGUGAUAGUUUCUCAAAAUUGGGGGCAAUGGGUCAAGGGGCAGCAGAUUUGAGUUCUCUCUGUUAUAUUUUCACUCAUCCAUUGACGAGAGAUUCGUUUGUAGAGAAUGGGUCCCAAUUGAAUUUGAGGUGAGUGAUUUACCAUUGAAAAAAAUUGAAGAAUAAUAAAAUGGAGAGGAUUUGAAUCCAGAUAGCUCGGUUGAUCAAUUGGGUCUCCCUUGCAAGUGAGACAUAGGUGUUGUUUAAAAUACUUAAGCCUCCUCCAUUUUUUCUUUUCAUUUGUGUAAAUUACCCACUGUAUAUUAAUAGAGGACACACGUAUACGUAGGGGUCUUGUAUAAAUUCGCUGUGAAUGAUUUAUGGUUGAGAAAACUUGAGAGAAAGUGUAAUUGAAGGAAUUGAAUAUGACUUUGAAUAGAUGAUGAAACAUAAAGAAAUUCCAAAGUUUUUUUUUAAUGAGCUUCCACUUUGAUCUUGUGCUGUGAGAUU